AUGCCUCGCGCCGAGGCCGGAUCAACCAAAGCGAUCGGCAACAGAAUAAAAAGCAAAGGCCUUGGCCGAUUGCGAUGGUACUGUCAGCCAUGCGAGAAACAAUGUCGGGAUGAGAACGGAUUCAAAUGUCACACCCAAACAGAAGCCCAUGUCCGACAGAUGAUGCUCAUUGGGGAAGACCCGAAGAAACACAUCCGAGAAUACAGUCGCGAAUUCGAGCGCACGUUCAUCGAGACCUUGAGAACCACACACGGAACUAAAUCUAUCAACGUCAAUCAUUUCUAUAAUCAAAUUGUGGCCGAUAAGCAGCACGUUCACAUGAACAGCACAGAAUGGAAGAGUUUAUCCCAGUUCGCGGCCUAUCUAGGCAGGGAAGGAAAAUGCCGAGUCGAGGACACCGAGAAGGGUUUAUUCAUUGCCUGGAUUGAUAACAGUCCGGACACACUUCGCCGCCGGGAAGCUAUCUUGAAGAAAGAGCGCCAGGAGAAAGGAGACGAGGAACGCGAGCAGCGCAUGAUCCAGGACCAGAUUAAGCGGGCUCAGAGUGCGGCGGCGGCCAACGCUGCAGCUGGUGCAGAAGAGGACCCCGAGGCAAAAAUGUUACAGAGGAAGGAGGGAGAGAAAUUGAAGCUGAAUAUUGGACUUGGAGCAAAGAAGCCGGAUACAAAGUCCGCCUCGCCUCCUACAACAACGGAAUCACCCGAGGCAAGUGCACCCACAGAAGACACUGGUGCUCCGGCUCCGUCUGCACCUCCUGCACCGGUCAAGGUUUCGAUGUCGAUGGGUGCGCAGAAACCGAAGAACGUGUUUGCUGCGGCUAAGAAGAACCCUCUGGCUGCGAAGAAGGCCUCUGUAUUCACGCCACCCAAGAAGAUGACUGAGCAGGAGAGGAUUAUGAAGGCUGAGAUGGAGGCUAUGGAGAGGAAGCGGUCGCGUCCGGACUCUGGGUUUGCAAACAAGAGAGCGAAGGUUACUUAG